ACGUCGCCGGGGGGCGUGACUUACGCCGGAAAUGCAGGUGGAUCUCUGAGUUGCGCUCGUAGAAUGUAGAGCGUCAAUUUCACUCUAUUAUAAUAACGGACAUGGCCCUCAACAGCAAUCACUCUGAAUCUGGAGGAGUUAUCAUCAACAACAGUGAAAGUGUCUUGAUGUCAUAUGAGAAUGUGGAGCUGGUGUUCAGUGACACAGAACGCUUGCCAGAAGCCUUCAGAAAAAGCAAGAAGGGAAGCGUUUACCUGACACCUUACAGGGUGAUCUUCUGGACUAAAGGGAAGGACGCUCUGCAGUCGUUCAUGAUGCCGUUCUAUCUUAUGAAGGCCUGUGAGGUCAAACAGCCAGUACUCGGUGCCAACUACAUCAAGGGAACCAUCAGCGCCGAGCCUGGAGGUGGCUGGGAAGGAUCUGCAACCUUCAAGUUGAUUUUUAUUGCGGGAGGAGCGAUUGAGUUUGGACAGUACAUGCUACAAGUGGCGGCUCAGGCAUCCAGAGGGCAACCGGUGACUGUUAAUUACGGUUGUCCUUACAUGGCGAAUGGGGCGUACGCUUACCCUCCACCUCCUCCUGCUAACGGCAUGUAUUCGGCCGCACCUCCUCCGCCCGGAUACGCCUACCCUGGACCUCCACCUCCAGGUGGAUUUUACCCCAACCCUCCUGGCUUUGAUGGACCAGCAGCCUACAUGCCUCCUCCUCCGUAUACAGCUCCGAUGGACCAUGCUCCUCUCGACCCAGACCUGCCCAGAACCGCCGCAGCGGAGGCGAAAGCAGCCGAAGCUGCAGCGAGUUCCAGCGCGACUACGUUUGCUCCGACGCGGGUCUACCUGCCCGAGGACAAGCCUCCACCCUACUCGCCGCCUGAAGACAAGAAGAACCAGUAGACGUGUGUGCAGCGAGCACACAUCCUCUCGUCUCUCUCCAUUCCCUCCAUCUCAUCCUCUCCGCAGUGACCGGGGGUCUCCAGUAGCAUUAACACGACCUGACCAGUGCAGAGGGACCAGAAGAGAGAGACACACGAAUAAAACAACUUUAAUGAAUUCAUAGCUGGUGAAUCAGAGGGACCGACUGUUAGCUGAUUGAGCGUUUCUAAAUUUAACAAAUAGUCUAUUUAGGAGACAUUUAUGAGUGAUUUUGUAUAGAUUGAUUGAACGAGGUUUGGAGUACUUUGCUAGUUGUUUAAGAGGUUUGGACAGUGAUUCGGUCGUCGUUCAUUCACGACUGCUGCAUCCAACGUUAUGAAAUGAAAGAUCGUUGAUCGUUCACUGCUCUCUUGUUACUCCACACUUAAGCAGUCGCUUAAAGGCACAGUUCACCUUCAGUCGCCGGUCCCCAUUGACUUCCAUACUUCCAUCGUCCUUUGAAGGAAUAGUUAAGCGGAAAAUUAGAAUUUGCUGAAAGAUGUAGAUGAGUUUGUUUCUUCAUCAGAUUUGGAGAAAAGUAGCAUUCCAUCACUUGCUCACCAAUGGAUCCCAGUCUACUCCAUAAUCCAUAAUAACGCUUCCUCCUGUGAAAAAAGUCCAU